CUGCAGCAGGAAAUGAUGAGUGACGUCCCUGACGCCGUGCAGAGGAGCCACAAGAGACGUCACUCUUCACAGCCCACAAGACCCGACGCAUCACCUGAGCCUGCUGAGCGCGGCAAGAAAUAUCUUUUGGUGACUGCUUUGCUUGGCGUUGGGAUCUUUGUGGGCGUUUGUAAUGCUGCCUGCUUUUUCAUUGCACCCAAUCCUGAUGGAUGCGUUUAUGAAGGAAAUACCCAUGCAUCUGGCACAUCUUGGAGAACCGAUGAAUGUUAUGAUUGUACCUGUAAUGACAAUGGAUCCAUCAGAUGCUGCCAAGUGGGGGGCAGACCUGGCAACUACAACACAGAAAAGUGCAUAGCCCUUUUUAACGAGGAGACCUGCCAGUACACAGUGGUUAGAAAAAAUAAUCAUAAGAAGACAUGUGCCCAUGACAUGGUGGGCUAAAUUCAUUUCUCAAUACAAGGGAUCCAAAUCCACAUAAAUACUGCAUUUACUGUUGUAUAAUUACAGCAGUUACAAUAUUUCUUGCCGUAUACUUUUUCCCCCAGUAAUGUAUGUAUUCCUGCUUAAUAAACUAAACAAUCUUUGCAUAUGGUGAAAAUUUGUCCCACUUAUGGUUUUUAUUUGCAGAUGCAA